AUGAUCGAAGUUUUGUGGCUGAUAAUUUCCAUAGCAACCACGCUGCUAGUCUAUCGGAACUGGCAGAAAAAGCUGUGCUUUGCCAAAACUAUUCCCCAUGCUGAGCCAUACUAUCCGAUACUUGGAAAUCUACCGUUGGCGCUGGGAAAAGGCUCCGAUGAAGUGUUUAGCGUAUUGCACGAAUGCUUCCGGAAGCAUGAUAGAUUGUUCACCUUUUAUUUUGGACCUUUGGUAGCCGUCGGAGUGACGCAUCCAGAAUUGAUACAUCGUGUUCUGAAUCAUCCCGAUUGCCAGGAAAAACCUGAUGUUUAUAAAGUUGUGCGCUUACCCAAUGGACUGUUAGCAGCACGAUAUGAAACUUGGAAGGUUCACCGGAAAACGUUGAACUCUACGUUUAACAUUCGCAUUCUGCAUAGCUUUCUACCGAUUUUCAAUGACUGCACAAAGCGUUUGAUCGAUCGUCUCAGUUGCCACGCUGAGUCCGGAAAAACCUGCAACAUUCUGGAGUACAUUUCUGAGUGUACACUUGAUAUGAUAAGCAGAACCUCUCUGGGUGGCAAGGCAUUGGAAAGAGAGGGGAGGCAAGAUUUCAUUGACAAUCUGAGAGUUGCCCUCACAACACUGGGCAAGCGAAUUUUCAAUGUUCUGCUGCACAACGAUUUUAUUUACCAAUUCACCGAGCUGUAUCGCAAUGAAAUGAAGGCUAUCAGCGUUUGUCAUCGCUUCACCGAUAAGAUCAUCGCCGAAAAGCACGUCGAACUCGGCUCCAUCGGGCAGAGUGGGGACGUUACUGGGAAAAGUUUUUACCAUCAGGACCAAGAGAAGGAAGACCACUAUCGUCGGCCGCAAAUUUUCAUCGACCAGUUGAUGAAGAUGCCUCUAACUAAUGGUAACGCUUACAGUUUCACCGACCAAGAAAUUUCGGACCAUAUCUAUACCAUGAUUGUGGCGGGCAACGAAACUUCUGCUACACAGCUGUCACACACCUGUCUGCUUCUGGCGCUGCAUCCUGAUGUACAGGAGAAAGCGUUUCGUGAAGUACAAGAGGUAAUUACGUCAACCGAUAUGGUUAUUGACAUGGAUAUUUUGAAGCAGUUGGUCUAUAUUGAGGCAGUACUGAAAGAAGCCAUGCGACUAAUGCCAGUUGCUCCGAUUAUUGCCCGGGAAAACUUAAAGGAUUUGGAACUGGACGGACACAGAAUUCCCAGAGGGACAUUAUUAUUGAUUAAUUUUUAUUCGCUGCACCGGAGAGGUGACAUCUGGGGUUCCCAGGCUGACCAGUUUGAUCCAGAGCAUUUCAUGGGAGAGCAGGUGAAGCAGCGACAUGCUUAUGCGCACCUUCCGUUUAGCGGGGGACCACGCGGUUGUAUCGGCUAUCGGUAUGCCACUAUGAGCUUGAAAAUGUUGCUCGCUAUGAUAUUGAAACAUUUUCGUCUAACUACUGAUAUAAAGUACAGUGAUAUCAAAUACCACUAUCAAAUUUCGUUGAAUCUAGCUUUUCCACAUGCUGUACGACUAGUAAGAAGAUAG